CAUUCCAUCAGAGUUUAGGUAUGUCACCAUUCCAAGUAGUUUUUGGGCGACCCCCACCAAGUGUGCUUCACUACGAAAUAGAUACUAAGGAUCCAUGUUCACUCAAGGAACUAUUACAGCAGCGUGACCAGCUUUUAAAAACGGUGAAGGCUAAUUUAACGAAAGCCCAACAUUAUAUGAAAGGACAGGCAGACAAGAAAAGAAGAGAUUUUCAGUUUAAUGUUGGUGACUUGGUUUUGGUUAAACUCCAACCAUAUAGGCAGCAUUCGGUAGCUUUGAGGAAGCAUAAAAAAUUGGGAUUGCGCUACUUUGGUCCAUUUCCAAUACUUGAGAAGAUUGGCACAGUUGCUUAUAAAGUUCAAUUGCCCGCUUCAGCUAAAAUCCAUCCGGUAUUUCACGUGGCUCUUUUGAAACCUUUUUACGGCAAGAGUGAGCUGCCAUAUCUGCCCUUUCCAUUGACUUCUAGUGAAUUGGGACCAAUGUUAAGCCCGUGGAAAGUGUUGGAUGUGCGUGUUGUCAAACGUCAGGACAAAAUGGUUUGGCAGCUAUUGAUUCAAUGGGAGGCCACAGAGGUCAAAGAUGCCACAUGGGAGGAUUUGCAGGACAUCAAGGAUUCUUAUCCUCAGUUCAACCUUGAGGACAAGGUUGUUUCUGAUGAAGAGGGUAAUGUCACGUGCAUAACAAAUGCAAAUAAAGGGGGGCUGAAAUCAGUUAGAAAAGAUAGACACGUGGCUAACGAUCCGAAUCAAUUGGGAAUCAGGCACAGCUCACGGAUGAGGAAAGAGAAUAUAAGGCUCAAGGAUUACACGCUCGAGGCAUGUCGGAGGUGAGAUCAGAGAAUGAUGAAGAGAUGAUUGCGGCCGUCCUUGAUCGUCCAGUGCUUGUCCCUGUUGCUUAAUUUCAUAAUCUGUUGUUUUCACUUGCUAUGUUUCAGACUUAUGCUAAUAAAUAAUACGGACUCAGUUUAAGUUGCUGUAAUUCUUGCUUGGUUCAUUGAAUAAAUAUUGUCGUUAAGAACUCUGUUUCAUGUUACCUUUGUUUUAACGCAGUACAAUUACGC